UGGAAAGAGUGGACAGGGAUAGAAAUCCUGAUCGACCUUUAAAUAACAGUACGUCUGUUUUAAGACUGCCUGUAGGAAUUGAUGAAGGGGAAGAGGACUCUAGAAAACGUGUGACCAGAAUCUCUAGUCCUGAACGUUGGGAAAUUGAGCAGAUGAUAUCUUCUGGGUGCAUAGGCAAAAGUGAACUUCCCGAAUUUGACAAAGAAACUGGAUUAUUACUCAGGGAAGACGAAGAAGGGGAGGCUGAUAUUGAAAUUGAAUUGGUUGAAGAUAAGGCGCCAUUUUUACAAGGCCACGGCGGAGCUUUACAUGAUUUAAGCCCAGUGAAAAUUGUGAAAAAUCCUGAUGGUUCCCUUGCACAAGCAGCUAUGAUGCAAUCAGCUUUAGCAAAAGAAAGGAGGGAGCAGAAAAUGUUGCAAAGGGAGCAGGAAACUGACUCGCAAUCAUCUGUUAAGGGCAAAAAUUGGAUUGAUCCUUUGCCUUCAGAUGAACCUGAAUCUCAGAUAAUAAGAGGUAUUGGAUUGCAAUCCCAAGAUUUGCCUGAAUGGAAGAAACAUGUUAUUGGUGGAAAAAAAUCAUCCUUUGGGAAGAAAACAAAUCUGAGUAUCAUCCAGCAGAGAGAAUCAUUGCCAAUUUAUAAGUUGAAGGAUGAACUUUGUAAGGCAGUGAAUGAUAAUCAAAUACUAAUCGUUAUUGGAGAAACAGGCUCUGGAAAAACAACACAAAUAACUCAAUAUUUAGCAGAGGCAGGUUUGACAGCAAGAGGUAAGAUUGGUUGUACCCAACCUCGUCGAGUGGCGGCCAUGUCCGUGGCCAAAAGAGUAUCAGAAGAAUUUGGAUGUAGACUGGGACAAGAAGUUGGAUACACAAUUCGUUUCGAAGACUGCACAAGUCCUGAAACUCUCAUAAAGUACAUGACAGACGGUAUGUUGCUAAGGGAGUGUUUGAUGGAUUUAGAUUUAAAGAGUUAUUCUGUCAUCAUGUUGGACGAGGCUCAUGAAAGGACAAUUCACACGGACGUCCUUUUUGGUUUGCUCAAACAGGCAGUAACCAAGAGACCUGAGUUAAAACUCAUUGUCACUUCUGCAACGUUAGAUGCGGUUAAAUUUUCCCAAUAUUUCUUUGGAGCCCCUAUCUUCACAAUACCCGGAAGGACAUUCCCAGUAGAAGUAUUGUAUGCGAAGGAACCAGAAACAGAUUAUUUGGAUGCCAGUUUGAUCACCGUUAUGCAAAUUCAUUUGCGGGAACCUCCCGGUGAUAUUUUACUUUUUUUGACUGGUCAAGAGGAAAUCGACACGGCUUGUGAAAUUCUCUAUGAGAGGAUGAAAUCUUUAGGGCCUGAUGUGCCGGAGCUUAUAAUUCUACCAGUAUAUUCUGCUUUACCCUCUGAAAUGCAAACAAGAAUAUUUGAACCGGCCCCUCCAGGUAGCAGGAAAGUUGUAAUUGCCACCAAUAUAGCAGAAACAUCGUUGACCAUUGAUGGUAUAUUUUAUGUUGUCGACCCUGGAUUCGUUAAGCAAAAAGUUUACAAUUCCAAAACCGGCAUGGAUUCUCUAGUAGUAACGCCUAUUUCACAGGCUCAAGCUAAACAGAGGGCCGGAAGAGCAGGAAGAACCGGACCCGGGAAAUGUUACCGAUUAUAUACAGAGAGGGCAUAUCGUGAUGAAAUGUUGCCAACGCCAGUACCAGAGAUACAAAGAACCAACCUGGCUACAACAGUUUUACAGUUAAAGACUAUGGGCAUCAAUGAUCUUCUGCAUUUUGAUUUCAUGGAUGCGCCGCCUGUGGAAUCUCUAAUCAUGGCCUUGGAACAGUUACAUUCUUUGUCAGCAUUGGACGAUGAGGGGUUGUUGACAAGGCUUGGAAGAAGAAUGGCCGAAUUCCCCUUGGAGCCGAAUCUUUCAAAGAUGCUCAUAAUGUCAGUAGCGCUCCAAUGUUCGGACGAAAUUUUAACCAUCGUGAGCAUGCUCUCUGUGCAGAAUGUAUUUUAUCGUCCGAAAGACAAACAAGCUCUAGCGGAUCAGAAGAAAGCUAAAUUCAAUCAGCCUGAGGGAGAUCACUUGACGUUAUUGGCUGUUUACAACAGCUGGAAAAAUAACAAAUUUUCCAACACGUGGUGUUACGAUAAUUUCGUUCAAAUUAGGACAUUGAAGAGGGCUCAGGACGUCAGAAAACAAUUAUUGGGAAUUAUGGACAGGCAUAGGUUAGAUGUGGUAUCAGCAGAGAAAAAUGCGGUGAGGGUGCAAAAAGCUGUUUGUUCAGGUUUCUUCAGAAAUGCAGCCAAAAAAGAUCCCCAAGAAGGAUACAGAACUCUUGUGGAUAGCCAGGUUGUCUACAUACAUCCUUCUAGUGCUUUAUUCAAUCGCCAACCCGAAUGGAUAAUAUAUCAUGAACUGGUCCAAACAACAAAGGAAUACAUGAGGGAGGUGACCACUAUCGAUCCAAAAUGGCUGGUUGAAUUUGCACCAGCUUUCUUCAAAUUUUCUGAUCCGACUAAACUCAGUAAAUUCAAGAAAAAUCAACGUUUGGAACCUUUGUACAACAAGUAUGAAGAACCUAAUUCCUGGAGAAUAUCGAGAGUUCGGAAAAGAAGAAAUUGAGGAAUUUAGAUGUAAAAAAUUUAUAAUUUUUUUUUUUGUAUAUAUCUUUUUUGUAUAUAUUUUUUCAUCUUGCAAUGACUGUUGUAAAUAAAGACUGAACUGUA